AUGAUACUGAAGAAAUCCACGUUAUUAUCGGUGGAUGCGUUUUCCAGAGCUGAAGAAGACGUAAGGAUCAGAACUAGAACCGGUGCUUUAGUAACCGUUGGUUGUUUUGUUAUCACUGCAAUUCUGAUCAUCAAUGAAUGGUUUCAAUUCCAUACAAUUGUAACGAGACCUACUUUGGUGAUGGAUCGUCAAAGAAACGUUAAGCUUGAAUUAAACUUAGAUAUUACAUUCCCCCAUAUUUCCUGUGAUAUAUUGAAUUUUGAUAUCAUCGAUGAUUCAGGAUACCUACAAUAUGAUGACGAUAUUAUAGCUGACAACGGGUUUGUCAAGAUUAGAUUAGAUGAUUCAGGUAAUGAAUUAGAAACCAUGGAUUAUAAACUGAAGGAUCAAACCGCUCAAUACCCUGUAGAGGACAUAAAUUAUUGUGGUUCCUGUUAUGAUGCUUUGGACCAAACUCAUAAUAACGAUGAAGGUAUCAAAUUGGAAGACCGAGUAUGUUGUCAAACUUGUGAAGACGUUAGACAUGCUUAUAUGAAGAAAGGUUGGACCAUCUUUGACGGAAAAUCUAUUGAUCAAUGUGAUAGAGAAGGUUUCCAUGAAAAGAUUAAUAAACAUAUCAAUGAAGGUUGUCGUGUGAAAGGAACUACAUUCUUGAACAGAAUCGGUGGUAAUAUCCAUUUUGUUCCAGGUGAAGCAUUUCAAAAUGUUGCUGGUCAUUACCAUGAUACUAAAUUGUAUGAUAUUAAGACUCAAUUGAACUUCAAUCACAUCAUUAAUCAUCUAAGUUUCGGGAAGCCGGUACAAAACAAACAAGAAAGUUUAAGAAGCUUGAAAUUGGAGACUAAUCCAUUAGAUGGGAAACAAGUUUUAAGAAAUCAUGAUACUCACUCAAGAGUGUUUACAUAUUUUGCAAAGAUUGUCCCAACAAGAUACGAAUAUAUGGAUGGUGUUAUUGUUGAGACGGCUCAGUUUUCAACAAAAUUCCAAGAGAAACCAAUUAAUGGUGGUAAAGCUUAUGAUGAUCCACAAGUGAAAUUCCAAAGAGGUGGUAUCCCAGGUUUAUUCAUAUAUUUGGAUAUGUCACCAUUAAAGGUUAUAAAUAGAGAGCAACAUGCAAUCUCUUGGUCAGGUUUCCUUUUGAACUGUGUUACGAGUAUUGGUGGUAUUUUAGCUGUUGGUACCAUCCUAGAUAAAAUAUUAUAUAAGACUCAGAGAACUUUCUUCAAUGGGAAGAAAGAAUGA